AUGCAGCCGACCAGGUGCCUACUCAAGCGAUCAGUGUGGAAGGGCCCGCACAUCGUCCCCCUCCCCAUUCCUAAAGUCACACCAGGCGUCACCCCGAGGCCCAUCAGGACACAGGCCCGCGCCGCCACGAUUCUGCCAAACUUUGUCGGUCUCAAGUUUCAGGUCUACAACGGCAAGGUCUACCACGAGGUGCAAAUAACAGAAGAUAUGGUCGGACACAAGCUGGGAGAGUUUUCGCCGACACGGAAACCCUUCAUCUGGAACAAGAAAUAA